UAACGUAAACGCGACCCAGUGAGGUCGUUUGAAUAAUUUUUCACGUGUGUAAGUGUUCGACCUUUAAAUAUCUUAAAAAGUAAUUUAAUUUAGUUUGAUACAUGUCCAGUAGGUGACAAUGCUUCUUGCGCGGAGAUCUGUACAGACGGCGUUGCGGACAAACCUCUGCAGGUCGUUUUCUGUCUCCAGGACUCAAUUUCAAGAGAGAAACGGUCUGGUGCUGGGAGUGUUUGAGAGAGAGGGAGAGGAGACUGGUCUUCAUCUGACUGAGGCGGCAGCAGGAUUUGACCAGUCUCUGUCUGGGAAACUUUCAGAGCUGCUGAAUAUUUCUGGACCUGGGCUCAAGAAAGGCAAAAGCAGGAUAUUUUAUGGAAUUCACAAGGACUUCCCGUGUGUUGCAGUGGUCGGGCUGGGCAAGAGCAAUGCAGGUGUUUGUGGGGUCGAGAACUGGGACAUCAGCAAAGAGAACAUCCGACAGGCAGUGUCCGCUGGCUGCCGGCAACUUCAGGAGCUGGAGGUGAAGCACGUGGAGGUGGACGGCUGCGGUGACGCCCAGUCGGCAGCAGAAGGUGCCGUUCUGGGGUUGUUUCAUUACGACCAACUUAAAUCCAAAAAGAAGAACAAAGUGACAGCACAGCUUCACAGAAGUGCCGACGCGGACGGCUGGGAGAAAGGUGUCCAUUAUGCAGAAGGUCAGAACCUGGCCCGACUUCUCAUGGAAGCUCCUGCCAAUCACAUGACUCCUACUGCUUUUGCCAACAUCAUCGAAGAGAGGCUAGCACCACACGCUCAACGAGUCACUAUAAAUAAGAGAUCCCAGUCUUGGAUCGAGGAGCAGCAGAUGGGAGCCUUCCUCAGUGUAUCGAAAGGUUCAGAAGAGUCCCCCGUCUUCCUGGAACUUCAGUACAACGGUUCACCGGACAGUAAUCAGCCCCCGCUGGUUCUGGUGGGCAAAGGCAUCACAUUUGACAGUGGUGGUAUUUCUCUGAAGCCCUCCGCCUCUAUGGAUGCGAUGAGAGCUGAUAUGGGUGGAGCCGCCACCGUGUGCGCAUCCAUCGUCACGGCAGCAGCGCUUAAACUGCCCGUCAACAUUAUUGGUCUGGCCCCACUGUGUGAGAACAUGCCCAGUGGAAAAGCCACUAAACCAGGUGAUGUUGUCAAAGCCAAAAAUGGGAAAACAAUCCAGGUUGAUAAUACAGAUGCAGAGGGAAGGCUGGUUCUUGCAGAUGCACUCUGCUAUGGACAAACCUUCAACCCCAGAGCCGUUCUAAAUGUCGCCACACUAACAGGCGCUAUGGAUGUAGCUCUGGGCUCAGCUGCAACAGGAGUUUUCACAAAUUCUAACUGGCUCUGGGAGCAGUUACACAAGGCAAGUGUUGUAACAGGUGACAGAGUGUGGCGGAUGCCUCUGUUCCAGCACUACACCAGACAGGUGACUGACUGCCAGCUGGCUGAUCUCAACAACGUCGGCAAGUACAGUCGUUCUGGUGGUGCUUGCACUGCAGCUGCAUUCCUCAGGGAGUUUGUCACAGCUCCUCACUGGGCUCAUCUGGACAUCGCUGGCGUGAUGAGUAACAAGGAUGAAAUUCCCUUCCUUGGGAAAGGCAUGUCUGGGAGACCGACACGUACAUUAGUGGAGUUUGCUGCUGGCCUGGCCCACAACAGCUGAGACUGAAUUAUUUACACGCACAAGACUUUUUUUAUCAGGCUGCCUGCAGGACUCAGUUUUACCACAAUUUCUGGACAGAUAAUUAAAAGAAUAUAAGCAAAAAUAUUUAGUGAAAGCAUCUGAUGAAGAUCCACUGUUUACAAUCUAAGGAGUUUUGAUAGGUAUCAUUUUAACACCUAAUUUCUACUUUAAACUGUGCUGCUUACAUCGUCAUUUAUUCUGUUUGUUAAAGACAUAAAUUAUAAUUGAUGAAUAAAAUUAAGUAAAUUGA